CCGCCCCUGCACGUGUGGGGCUGGCCCCGCCCCCAGGCCCCGCCGCUCCGCGCCGCUCCGCGGGGCAGCUCCGGGCGGGGAGCGGGCCCGUAUAAAGCGGCGGGGCCGAGCCGCUCCUGCUCCUCCUGCCGCCCCCGCCAUGCUGCGGCUCCUCCUGCUGCUGCCGCUCCUCGGCGCGGCCGGCGCCCUGCCCGCCCCGCUCCGCCGCCGGCGGAGCGCCUCGCCGCCCGUCGGCCGCUACCUGACGCGCUACCUGAGCCAGCAGAUUGAUCACUUUGGAUUUGAUGAGAAUCGUACGUUCCAGCAGCGGUACCUGGUAGCAGAUCAGUACUGGAAGAAGGACCAUGGACCAAUUCUGUUCUACACAGGCAAUGAAGGAGACAUCGAGUGGUUCUGCAACAACACGGGUUUUAUGUGGGAUGUGGCUGAAGAACUUAAUGCCAUGUUGGUAUUUGCUGAACAUAGAUAUUAUGGAGAAUCUUUGCCCUUUGGGAAUGAGUCUUUCAGUGAUUCCAAGCAUCUCAACUACCUGACAUCAGAACAAGCUCUGGCAGACUUUGCAGUACUUGUUGAGUACUUAAAGACAACCAUUGCAGGAGCCCAGCACAGUCCAGUCAUAGCUAUUGGAGGGUCUUAUGGAGGAAUGCUUGCAGCCUGGUUUAGGAUGAAGUAUCCCCAUGUGGUGGUGGGAGCUCUGGCAGCCUCUGCCCCGAUCUGGCAGUUUGGUGACUUGGUUCCAUGUGGCACAUUUUUCAGCAUAGUGACCAAUGAUUUCAAAAGGAGUGGCAUGGGCUGCUCAGAGAGCAUCCGGAAUUCUUGGAAUGCUAUUAAUCGCCUUUCCUCAACAGAUGCAGGUUUGCAAUGGCUUUCCAGCACAUUUCAUUUGUGCAGCCCUUUAAAAACUCUUCAGGAUGCUGCUGUAUUGAAAAGUUGGCUGAGUGAAACAUGGGUAAACUUGGCUAUGGUGAAUUAUCCCUAUAAAGCUGACUUCCUGCAGCCUCUGCCAGCUUGGCCUAUACAGGAAGUCUGCAAGUUCUUGAAGGAUCCCAGUCUCUCUGACAAAUUGUUGCUGCAGAAUGUUUUCCGAGCAGUAAAUUUAUAUUACAAUUAUACAGGAGAAGCCUCAUGCUUAGAUGUGGCACAGACUGCAACGAAGAGUCUGGGUGAAAUGGGUUGGUACUACCAGGCUUGCACUGAGAUGGUGAUGCCCUUAUGCACAGAUGGUGUCCAUGACAUGUUUGAGCCUCAGAAGUGGGACUUUGAUGCACUUUCAGAAGAGUGUUACAGGAUGUGGGGAGUGAGGCCUCGCCUCUCUUGGAUUCUUUCUAUGUAUGGAGGAAAAAACAUCACUUCACACAGCAACAUCAUCUUCAGCAAUGGUGGCCUGGAUCCAUGGUCUGCAGGUGGGGUAACCCAGAACAUCACCAAUUCCCUGGUGGCAGUUGUGAUCCCGGAUGGAGCCCAUCACUUGGACCUACGCAGCCAGAACCCUUUGGACCCCAAGUCUGUACAGCAAGCUCGAGCCAUGGAGAUCUGCCUCAUGAAGGAGUGGAUUGAAAAGGCCAGGCACAGCCACUGAAGUGGUACUGCAACAGCUGUGGCCAUUGCACCUCUCUUGGCUUUGCUGGGAGUAGGGCCAGGCCUUGUGAUACGGUCACCGGAGCAUUUCCCUCCUGCUUCCUCACCUGCACAGCAGUGGCCACCACUGCUUGUGUCCACGAGAGAGGCAGGCAGCAGAUGGAUGGAGAGCAUUCUCAGAUGAUAAACUCCAGUCAAACUACAUGGAUUGAGCUGCCUGCGCUGGUUUGCUUUCCUCUUCUGCUCUUCUCAAAUGCUGUACUUUGCUACACAGUAAUGGCUUCCUGUUCUAGGCUUGUUGCCUUUCUCACUGUGCUGAAUGAUUGUUCCAACUGGUGGUGCAUCCAACAGUGGAUUAGAUGGGAGUGCUGUUGAUGGUGAAACUCCUGCUAUACCUCCAGUGUGAUUGAAUUUCAGACAUCCUCUGCUGUGGAGAUAAUGGGGGAACAGAAAUGACAUCUUACUGUGAUGUCUGAUGGAGAGGUAGGGAAGGCCUGGGGAAACUGGCUGUGCUGUUGGUAAGGAAACUAAACAGCCCUUACCCUUUGGAAUUAGUGUUGAAAAAGAAAUAAACAUACAACUUUUUUCCUACUUAAUUUUCCAGCAGCUUAUUAAUCAGUGGAUUUUUGUAUUCUGUGCUGUAAUGAAUGGUCAGGGCUGGGCCCAGACUCACUCUGCUGAUAACUGUCUGAGCAUGCAGAAUCUGCAUCAGGAUUUUAUUUCUUCUUUUGCUAUGACUCCUAAUUCUGUGAUAUUUGUCACUAUCUGUGAUGAUGGUUACCAAAGAAAACUGAGUAUAUUC